AGACUCGGAGGCAGGCUGGGGCCCUAGGAAGGUUCUUAAACUUUGAUUGCUUUAGCUUUAAGUUUUCCCGCUGGUUUAGGGAAAGCGACCCGCAGCCUCAAGGAGAGGAGACAAGCUUCUGGCUCCGGACGCACGGAUAGGCCCGGGGAACCCGCAGUCUAAAACGGGAAACUGCCCGAACCCGGACGAGCCUCCUCCGAGGGAUAGUCAGGAAACGCUUCUCGAGGUGGGAAACAAGGGUCCUGCCUUCCGAGAGCCCCUCUAAAGAUGACUCAAGACCAGCCUUUGCUCGCGGUGCAGGAGGCCCUGAGGAAGUGCUUUCCCGUGGUGGAGGAGCAGCAGGGCCUGUGGCAGAGCGCUCUCAGGGACUGCCCGCCCCUCCUGGCCUCCCUCAGCAACCUGGCAGAGCAGCUGCAGGCCGCACAGAACCUACGAUUUGAGGAUGUGCCGUCACUUCGGGACUUCCCAGACUUACAGGAGCGGCUGAGGCGCAAGCAGCUGGCGGCUGGUGACACUCUCCUGGACAGGCUAGGGGAGAGGCUAGCCGCCCUCCUCAAGGUGCGUGAUGUAGUCAGCAGCCACGUGGAACACGUGCUUCAGAUCUAUGAGCAGCAUGCAGACAUGAUCAGCCUCGAUGCUGUCCUGCAGGCUUCAGCUACAAGCCCCUCUGUGGCUGAAAUGUUGGAGUGGUUACAGGAUAUCGAGAGACAUUAUCGAAGUUUGAAGGUACCUGAAGAGGAAGUAUCUUCUGUCCUCAAUCCAGUGGGGAGACUUGGGAAACAUCCAAGCUUUGCCCAAAGCCUGGGACCGAAUUUCGGAAGACGAACACCCAGACCUUGUACGAGAUAUCCUGUUGAACGUGUCCUUCUUCCUGGAAGAGUGAAGAAGCCGUGUGUUUAUCGGGAGACUAGGGGGAUGCAGUUGAAGACCGACCUUACUGCGCUCUGAUAUUUCUAAAGAAAUGUCAGCAUUGCAACUGGACUUAUUGGAAAUGUCAGUGCCUAGAGCCUGAGGAUUGUGCUGGAUGUUGGGUCUUCUUCAUGCCAGGUCCUGGGUGAGGGCACAUGGUCACACCUUGCCCUUUCCUAAGGCUCAGGGGAGUGGACAGAGACAGAGAGGAUGCAGGAAAGGCCAUGCAGAAGAACACUGGGGGCAGAAGCAACAGCCACAGAAGUGGUAAGGAAGGAAAGGACAGGGGUAGAGAGUGCCGCUGCCCCCAGCAUCAUCCAAAGCUCUGAGCCUCGUUGACACCAGGUCCUGGUUUUGUGUAUUUGUGUCAGUAUCCAACUCCUUGAUGGAAAAAAGUGGCUUUGAUGAUUUAAAGAAGUAAGGGGUGGGACUUCCCUGGUGGUCCAGUGCUUAAGAAUCCACCUUCCAAUGCAGGGAACACAGGUUUGAACCCUGGUCAGGGAACUAAGAUCCCACAUGCCG